GUGCGCCGCUGGAGCUUUUCACUGCGAGGACUGUCUGUCGCUGUCGGCCUGGAGGCAACAUGAAGCGAAGCCACAACUACAGCUCAUCGGAGAGCGACCUGGACGACAAUGUUGAGGUGGAGAAGGAUAGCGGCGACGAGAAUGGUCAACUUGAUUCCCACGGCUCGAUGUCACCCUCCACCACCACCCAGGUUCAAGCCAGAAAAAGGCGCAGAGGGAUAAUUGAGAAACGGAGACGUGACCGAAUCAAUAACAGUCUGUCAGAGUUGAGAAGAUUGGUGCCAAGUGCUUUUGAGAAGCAGGGAUCUGCUAAAUUGGAAAAAGCAGAAAUUUUACAAAUGACUGUGGACCAUUUGAAGAUGCUUCAUGCGUCUGGUGGCAAAGGUUACUUUGAGGCUCAUGCUCUUGCUAAGGAUUACCGCAGCCUGGGCUUCAGGGAGUGUCUGGCAGAGACGGCCCGCUACCUGAGCAUCGUAGAGGGUCGGGAGAGCACGGACCCCCUCCGUAUACGUUUGGUGUCCCACCUCAGCAACUACGCCUCUCAGAGGGAGGUGCACUCUGGACUGGAACACUUAGCCUGGGGCUCUGCUUAUGGGACUGCCCCUGCCCAUCUCCCCCACCCCCUUCUCCUGCAACACCCCCAGGGCAGGACACCUGCAUCCAGAAGCAACAGUAGCCCACCCUCCUCCUCCUCUGCUUCCUCUACAUCUUCCUCCUCCUCCUCCACUGAGGCAUCUGGGACAUCCAGACUCAGUGUCAUGCCCCCGUCAGAGUCCCUCAGGGUACCUACCAACGGCUCGUUGUCCCUCAGUCUUCCUGUGCCAACAUCCAAGCUAUCACCACCGCUCCUCUCAUCCCUCUCCUCGUUGUCAGCAUUCCCCCUCUCCUUCGGUGCCUUCCCUCUGGUCUCCCCAUCGGCCCUCGGCACAGUGAGCCCCUCCUCCACUCUGUCAAAGCCUUACAGGCCGUGGGGUACGGAGAUUGGGGCCUUCUGAAGCUAACAACUGGACUGAAGGCAACAGCUGAGCUGUGCCCACCACCACAGACGAGGCAGGACAACCUGCCUAGUCUGUCUUUAUAGCAAUAAAACACAGGGGAGCAAAGUAAACUGAUUUUAUUUUAUUAAGUAUAAAAAAUAUGUAAGAAAGGUUGCUGAAAGAUGUCGUUUCCUCUCAAUCUCAAAAAAGGAAUUCAAAUGAUUUUAUGUUAUUCGUUGAAAUUGAGAACUAAUUUAGAUACCAUGCACUGACAUAUGACAUGCCAUGGAUAGAUUUACUGUCAGCACAAAUGUAGAGGUAAUAUUUUGUAGGCCACAUACCGAAACUUCUACAUUUGUUGAGCAUGGAUUUGUGUAUUUAACAUAAUGUAGAUUUGCAUAAUUCGGUCUGCUCCUGUGGUGGUAUCAGAACUCCUGGAAAGGAAUAUGCAUUCUAUAUGUGCCAUUGUUGGAAAACUAACCACUUGAGA